AUGGAUUCCGUUUCAUUUGGCAGCGAAUGUGGGUUCAAUCGUGAUUUAUACAAGGCCGCAAUCAAGGGUGAGAUCCAACCCUUCACGGAUGACAAUCAACAGCUUGAUCUCAUAUUAACACCGAUUAAGAAUACAAUCUUGCAUGUUCACCUGUCAUCCGAAACCCAAAAAUCAAUAUCGUUCGUGAGACAAAUGCUUGAAAAAUGUCCAUCGCUUCUACUACAAGUUAAUGCCAAUGGGGAUACACCCCAAACCCGAAAAUCAAGAGAGUUCGUGCGCAAAAUGCUUGAAAAAUGUCCAUCACUUCUACUACAGGUUAAUGCCAAUGGGGAUACACCCCUACAUGUUGCGGCAAGACAUGGAAACUCUUCUAUAGUGAAAGUUCUUAUUGAGUGCGCAAAAACUCAACAUCAAGAUACAGAAAGUGGGUUAAAAUACAAGCAGCUGAUGAUCAGGAAAAGCAAUAACGAGGGAAACUCAGCCUUGCACGAGGCAGUGGUGAGUGAUCACGUCGAUGUAGUGGAAAUAUUAACCAAAGAAGACCCUGAGUUUUCACAUUUUGCUAAUAAUUUGGGGGAAACUCCACUUUUCAUUGCUGCCGAGAGAGGAUGUCUCUUAUCAUUGCGUGAAAUAUUAGAAAGAUGCAAGUCAGCCGCCCACGAAGGCCCCCAUGGAAUGACUGCUUUGCAUGUGGCUGUCAUGAACAACCAUAAAGAUAGUAUAAAAGAAUUGCUAAAGAACAAAAAGAGUUUGACCAAAAACAGAAAUGAAAACGGGUGGACUCCACUUCAUUUCGCUGCAUAUGAUGGUUGUCCUGAUAUUACAAAACUACUUUUAGACUCUGAUAUAUCUGCUGCAUACGUUGCUGAUAAAGAUAGAAAGAUGACACCUCUUCAUGUGGCAGUCAGCAAUGCAUUUCCACUUCAUAUCUGGUACUGGCCAAAACAAUUUUAUGGGCAUAUGCAGAUAACAGAAGAAAUUAUUUCCCAGUGUCCAGAUUGUUGUCAAAUGGUUGACGACCGUGGAUGGAAUGUUCUUCACUUUGCCAUGACUAUGUUACCUGUUCAACAAUUGAAUACUUUGCUAGAAAAUCCAAUUUUACAACAUCUUGUUACUAAGAAGGAUGCAAGAGGAAACACUCCUCUCCAUGUGCUUGCUGCUUGCCGUCCACGGGAAUACCAUCGCAUAAAAAAAAAACUUGAAGACACAAGAUAUCAUUAUGCCGUUAACAAGCAAAAUGACACUAUCCAUUACAUAAUAUUUGACGGCUCUCCUCAGCUGCAGGAAGAGAUCCAAGAAUUGUCAAGUUCUGAUGGUACUGGACCAUAUCCGCGAGGUGUUAUUAAUAAAAAUCCAUUCUGGAUAUUUGAUAGGCUCCCUAGAUUUGAGAAAACAAUAGAUUCUGAAAUGGUGGUUGCUACACUCAUAGCAACAGUAACUUUCACAGCAGCUUUAACGAUGCCCGGUGGCUACCGAAGUGAAAAAGGCCCUGAUCAGGGCACGGCAUUCCUAAGUAGAAAAGCAGCUUUUCAAGCUUUUGUUAUAACCGAUGCUACAGCCUUCGUCCUCUCCCUCGUCGCUGGCUUUGUCCACUUCACUACAGCAUGGAACUUGCCGGUAUUAUGGUUUUAUCGUGCAUAUACUCGUUUGCUCAUCUCGUUAGCUAUAGUGGCCAUGGUGGUUGCUUUUUCUACAGGCACAUAUGCAGUAUUAUCACCUUCUUUGGGCAAAAUAGGGGCGCCCCGGUACAGCAAAAGCUCUGUUGAACUGCGCGAACGCGACUCCGCUGGGAACAUAGAAAGCAGAGUAGGAGCUGCAGCUGCCAAGCAGAUGUUGAGGAUGAGGAAUAACAAGGGGAACACAGCCUUGCAUGAGGCAGUUCGAAAUGCUCGUUUAAAUGUGGUGGAAAUACUGACCAAAGAAGACCCUGAGUUCUCGUAUUUUGGUAAUGAUUCUGGGGAAACUCCGUUGUAUAUUGCUGUGGAGAGAAAGUGUCCAUUAAUAGCGGCGAAGAUAUUGGAAACUUGUAAAUCAGCCGCCCAAGAAGGCCCUGAUGGAAAGACGGCUUUGCAUGCGGCAGUCAUGAGGCAUGAUUUAGGGACAACGAGAAAAAUACUUGAGAAAAAGAAUAGUUUAACAAAAGAAAAAGACCAAAAUGGGUGGACUCCACUUCAUUACGCUGCAUAUUAUGGUUGUUUUCAUGCUGCGGAAUGGCUUUUGAAAUCCGAUGAAUCUGCAGCAUACAUUGUUGAUAAAGAUAGAAAGAUGACAGCUCUUCAUCUAGCAGCCGGCCAAGGGCAUGCAAACAUAAUGGAAGCAAUUAUUUUCCAAUGUCCUGAUUGCUGUGAAUUGGUCGACGAAAUGGGAUGGAAUUUUCUUCACUUCCAUGACUAG